ACUGUAGGCAGUGUCGGUUCGCGUGGCACGUUGCUCGUAGUAUAUUACACACACACACCCCGUCGUUUGAAACUAGUGAAUUUUUUAAGGCGUGUUUUUUUUUCUUUUUCAUCGCGGUGUUCUACGAGUGAAUUGCUGUGGCGUGAAACCUCCUUUCCGCCACCUUUUGAUUUCCGAUUUGCUAAGGGCUUAGACCCAGAUUAGUUUUUAAAGCAAAAGACACCACCAAGUCGUCGAAAAUGUUUGACGUCUUCGGAUCGGUGAAGGGCUUAUUGAAGCUUGAUUCUGUCAACAUCGACAACAACAUUUUCCGUCUGCAUUACAAAGCGACGGUGAUUGUGUUGAUUGCCUUCUCGUUGGUGGUCACGUCACGCCAGUACAUUGGCGACCCCAUCGACUGCAUUGUUGAGGGCGUACCUGGCAAUGUGAUGGACACGUACUGUUGGAUCCAUUCCACCUUCACCAUCCCCAACCGGAUGGCAACAGAAGUUAUUGGAAAAGAUGUUCCUCAUCCAGGAGUUCGUCCUCACCAAGAAGGCGAUCAAGUCAAAUACCACAAAUACUACCAGUGGGUCUGCUUCGUCCUCUUCUUCCAGGCUCUUCUUUUCUACAUUCCCCGCUACCUGUGGAAGACGUGGGAAGCCGGCAAGAUGAAGAUGCUCGUGCUAGACCUCAACUGCCCCAUCAUCGCUGAAGAAACGAAAAACGAACGGAAAAAGCUCUUGGUCGACUACUUUGCCUCCAACUUGCAUAACCACAAUUUCUACGCUAUCCGAUUCUUUAUCUGCGAAGUUCUCAACUUUAUCAACGUCAUCGGUCAAAUUUAUUUCGUCGAUUUUUUCCUCGGCGGGGAAUUCACCACGUACGGCAGAGAUGUUAUUAGCAUGACCGAGAUGGAACCUGAAGACCGUGUCGAUCCCAUGGCCAAGGUGUUCCCUAAAGUGACGAAAUGCACUUUCCACAAAUUCGGUCCUUCUGGUACGACGACGCGUAUCGACGGCCUGUGCGUCCUUCCUUUGAACAUUGUCAACGAGAAGAUUUACGUUUUCCUCUGGUUCUGGUUCAUCCUGUUGGCGGUGGUGAGCGGUUUGGCGCUGCUGUACCGUUUAGCUGUCGUCUUGGGUUCUCAAGCCCGCAUGUACCUGUUGAGAGCCCAGGCCCGCUUGGCGCCUCGAAAUGAAGUCGAGUUGGUUGCUCGCAAAUGUCAAAUUGGAGAUUGGUUUGUUCUCCUUCUCCUCGGCAAGAACAUUGACCCUCUCGUCUACAAAGAACUGAUCUGCGAUUUGGCACGCCGAUUUGAAGGCAAGGAACCAGUUUAAAAUCAACGGCACCCCCAUCAACAGACGCCAUUGGUGGGACUCUCCUGGACAACUCGCGAAGAGUGUGCGCUCCUCUUCUUCAGCCAAUGUUAUCUAGCAAUCAUUCUCUUGUUUUCUUAUUUUUUGUUCCCCCACUCAUCUCUUCCCCCCCCCCAGCAAAUUUAUUAGGUUAUUUUUUUCUUCAUACUUUCGCCUACUCACCUAAUACAAAAACACCCAACUAAAGCGCUCAAAGAUAGAAUAAGACAAAACUAAAAGGAUACAAGUUUUGGGACCAAUGAAAUCAAUCAGUCUUCCAUGCCGGUAAUUGAAAGAAAAAAUAACACCAUUUGUACUGAUAUCGGGACCAAUCAACACACUGUUCUCUGUACGUGUAUUUUUGCGUUUUGGUAUUCUACUUAUAUGCCUUCAGUAGAUAUUUUUUUUCUUUUCUUUUUCUACUUUAUCGUGGGGAACGUGACUUGUUGACGAAUAUUCUUGAAGCAGGGACAAUAAGUACACCGACGAUUAUUUUGAAAAGACAAUUUUUUCGCCCUUCACGAGAACCCCCUUUAUGAUCAUUUAUUCGGUAACUUUUUUGUAGUGUGUUUUUACCAAUCAUUUUUUCGGAUUUCUUCUCACAGGUGUGUAGUCCCCGACAUAGUCUUUCCUCUUUUCCGGAUAGAUUUGCAUCCGUUUUCUUUCAUCUUCUUUUUUCUCUUGGCAAUAAUACCACACCACGUUUUUCUGGUGACAGUUUUUUUUUUUUCUUUCUCUCGUUCAAUCCGUUUCUAUUUGAUUCAUUUCUGCUCCUCUGCAAGCUUGUCAAAAAAAAACUUUCCAUGAAGGUCCAGAAUCGGAAAUGCAUAUUUUGUUUACACGACUGUGUUUUUUUUUAUUUUAAUUUUUUUUUAAUUAUUAUUAUUCACGGAGAAGAAAUCUUCUCUGCGUGUGAUUUUUUAAGACUCCUCCUCCUUUCUCUGGUGUGUGUGUUCUCUUUCCUUUGAUUAUUUUUUAUACAAAAAUUGCGUGUCUCGAUUCGAUGAACGUGGGCGGCAAAUACAGUGAAUUUGUAUUGUAA